CCCGAAGCCCCAAGCCAUGCAAUGCAAACACCUCUCCGACCUCCUUCCACUUCUACAUCAGCCACGCUUUCCCCGACGAAUUAUGUCGCUGUCCCUUCUUCACACUGCGACCUUCCAAUGCUCGAUGAUACACCUUCUUGCACCAUCUGAACGCUUUUGGAUGUCACGUCGAUAGCCAUCUCUCCACCACUCAAGUGGCUUGCAGUAGUCGCCAACCCCCAUGUGAAUCGUCACUCCACUCCGACUCGCUCAAUCCCAUGCUAGACGUCUUCAACACUCUCCCAACAAGUGUAACAUGCCGAACUCCUCUCAAUCUAACUCCCGCCAGCCGCCCAUGAUCGUCCACCUGUCUCACUACCGCAACUUCCGAUAUCUUUUCUUGUCGCGACUUGCCGUACUCCACCAUCUCGGUUAUCCGUCUACCCUACAGAUCUAAUUUUCUGCCAUGAAUCUGCCCUUCUCAUCCAAUCUUGUCUCGUACCAUUUCUUCUUCAAGUACAUUGAUUGCGUCGCCUCGACCUGGACCGAUGUCCACCUCCAGUGGCACAGUGCCCCGCCAUCUGCUGCACCAUCAUGGGCGCCUACCUUCGUAUUCUUUUACUCGCGACCGGAACCCUACAUGACUACCCCGACUCCGUGGGGAUUCGAGAAACUAACAGGUCAAUAUUCCACGAGACGUUUUAUGUGUCCAGCGCAUCCGAUCAAGUGGCUACCACAUCUCGAACUGCACAAUGGAGAUGACUCCGCAAAGGCAGUCAAAUCAGCGUAUCACCGUGGUACUCGGCUCUCUUCUUCGCCAGCGAUGCUGUGCGGCUGUGGAAAAGGCAUCCUGCUUCUGAGAAACGGAUGCACGUCCAGUGUACUCGCACGAGGUAGCCAAUCUUGGAGUGCACAGAUCUCCGAACUCCCGUGCAGUCAGGAAUUGUGUCUGGCGCUAUCGUGCCUGGUGAGGGAUUGCACGUAACGGCCGCUCUUGAUGGAUGAUCAUACUGACCCCAACACCAUGCCCUUUUAUGGCAGCAUUUGCGACUUACGUUCUCAGGGAGAUAUCCGAUUCACGUCUACGAACUACCUCUCUUUCUUUCUCCAGUCCUUUCUUGAAGCACAAGCUGUCAUGUAAUACAC